AUGGGGAGAACCAAAGGCGUGCCCAGCCAAUGGGCUCCUGUCAAUACACUGGAAGAUCAGCUGGCCUCUGCUGGGUUGCCGACUUCUUGGGAAAGGACUUCUAAAUCCCCGUACCCUCGAUCCUGUAAAUCCUGCCGCGCUGAUCUUUCGAAUCUGAACGCCAAGCAACAGCAACAGCAUCAUGCCGAUUGUAUGCUCGGCACUGCUCCUGAUCAAUUCGAUACACCAAAUCGUCCGUACAAAUGCCCGUACUGUCAUGCUGAUAUUACCAACAUGACCGUUCAAGAACAGCACCGGCAUCUUGACAACUGCAUGCCCAGCACUGCUCGCAACGGAUUUACACCCCGUAUUUCUUACAAUUGCACGUUCUGUCAUACUGACCUUAAAGACAUGAGCGUUCGGGAACAACGAGAGCAUAUGUCAGAUUGUGUGCCUAGCACUGCUCGCAACGGAGACACGCCCCGCGCUAUCUACAAUUGCACAUUCUGUCAUACAGAUCUUGCAAACAUGAGCAUCGAGGAUCGACGAGAGCAUAUGUCAGCUUGUCUGCCAAGCACUGCGCCCAAUCACUUUGCGCCCCGAGAGAUUCAAGAAGAAGAUUCUUUCAUAGGAACUCGUCACCACGUGCCAUCUACAAUGUCAGGCUCUUUGGAGAUUCCUAGUGAAGCUGCCACCAAUGCCUCUAUCCAUCAAGGCACAGGUGAAGAAUCUCUAGAUUCUUCCAGCAGAUUGACAAGUCCGCCGGAAUCGCCAGUCAUUGCUGCGCUCAGCGAAAGAGGCUUUGUUGCUGACCCUGAAAUGGACGACGACGAGCUAGACGUGUAUGACGAUACAAUUGCCAACGACGAGAAUGCCGGAAAUGGCAGUCAGUCCUCAGGAAUCACCCCAUACGUACAAAAUGAGCUGGAAUACUACGAUUUUGAUGAGAUAACCGAAACCCCAGCUGCUGAGCAUAUGGAGCGUGAGCCUUCGGAAUUUCCUCAAGAAUCUCAAGAUCCACAAACAAGAAGCGCCUCGGAUGGUUCUGAAGCACCAGAAACCAAGGAUGUCGGCAAGGCUCAUACGAAUGAGUCGGAUGCAGACCUCCUUCGCCCACAAAAUCCCAAAGUGAAGCAUUACGGGUUUCCAAAAUUGACGGAGUUCGAAGACUUCGAACAAUACCUGGCGAAUCCUGAGGAAAUGAGUCUUGAGAUGCUGUUCCGUCGGACUGCAAACGUGUCAAAAUCAUUGCUAGCCUACCAAAAAGAGUUCAAGGCUACCGAACAAGUAGUCAAGGAUUUUGCCAAGAGCAAGAUCCCAAACAAGCAGAAAGAAAUGGAGGAGAAGGCACGCCUUGAAGCAGAGAAAGAGGCAGAGCGGUGGAGACUCUACAAUCUGUACUAUCCCAAUCUCCAAGCUCUCUUGGAGGCCUCUCCGGCAAGUGAGAAUGCAACUGCUGGGACACCAGAAGAUGAGGCUGCUGAGGCCAAUGACGAUGAAGCUGCCGAGCCAAACGAAGACGACGCCGCUGCGACGGCUGAUGAAGGUGGCAAUGGAGCUGAGACUGAUGUUGGAGAAGCUGUCGUAGUCACUUCCAACUCAAGGAAGCCUCAGUAUCGAGCACGAGCAAUCCGCGAUAAAGCAGAGGAGCUGCUCAAGGGUUACCCUGAAGAGCCUGAAGCUUCAGCAAAACUCCUGGCAACUCUCUUCACCGGGAAGACCUUGGCUGAAAUGAUUGCCCGAAAGAACGGAGUUAAUGCACCACCAAAGGGCGCUGCAGCCAAGAGUCAACUGGAUCUGAUCGAUGUGCCUUAUCCAAAUCUCGACCAGACGGAGAGAGCAUUCUAUGCGACCAGACAAAAGAGACCUAUUGAGGAGGAUCUUGAAAUGUUCGAACUCCGAAAGAUGGCAGAUGUCUACGGUCUUCCGCUUAAGCCUGGUAAUAGUGUCAAAGCUGCCACGGUUGAAUUGCGAGAUCGAAAUGCUGUCGAAGACACUGAGGCAGUUGAAGAUCCGAACGGUCGCCCGAAGCGCAAUCGGAAUAAACCCACUACCUAUGAGACAGAGCAGAGUGUGUCUCAAGGAGAAUCCUCUGAAGAACUACCGGCAAAGCGAAGAAGAAUACAGACACAAGCAACGACCACCAAUGGAUCUCCUGCUCGUGCUCGCACUGCAACGGAGACUCGUGAUGGUUCACCAGCCCCAAGAACCUUCGCCUCUGGCAAGCGUAUCGGUCGCCCUCCUGGAUCUAAGACCAAAAUCAAGCCUGAAAAAUCGAAGUUGCAGCAAUCACAUUUGCCACCCAAGUCACCGUCCGAGAGUGAGACACCAAUUCCAGAUGGGGCCCAGUCACAUACCCAAGAUCUCCCAGCCAAUGAAGAAGCUCAAUUGCAAGAAGCCGCUCAAUUCCUUGUCAAGAAGACAGCUAAGGGUAAGGAUGUCAUUAUUCCACCCAAGAAGGGGCAGCAUGGCGGUGCUCGCACAAAGAAGGCCAAGCCUGAGGUCGAGGAACCAGUCAAGCCUGCCCGAGGAGUACGUGGAAAGAAGCAACCAGAAGCAGCUCCAGCUAAGCCACGAAAAGGUGGUAGAGCUAAGAAGGAGGUUACUCAAAAGACAGGUUUGCCAAAUGUUGACGAGCAUGAGGUUGUUCAGUCUACUGAGCAAGAUGAUGAAUCUCGUUUCGCAUCUGCUUCAACGUCACGACCAACAACGUCCUCAUCAGGGGCAACUGUUACGACUCUAGGAAGCCGACGUGCUACUCGUCAAAGUACUCGUGAGCAAUCCAAAGUCAAUACGGAACAAGCUGCUGCGAAUGAAGCAUCGGCAAACCAAUCUGCUCCAGCCAAGGGAAAGGCCAAGCGUAAGAGAGGAGCCAACGAGCCCCAAAUUGUCGAACCUGAGCAGCAACAAGUUGCUAUUGUAGCUCCGCCCGCGAAGAAGCGUAGAACCAAGGAGCAAGAGGAGAGCCCUGUUGAUGUCGCAGUUGCUAAUGGAGAAGCUUCUGCUCCUACCUCUAGUCGACAAAAGCGUAAGCGCGCACCCACUCUUACACAAGAUUCUAUUCAGGUCGCCCUUCCGGAUCCAGUCGAAGACGAGGAGGAGAGCACACCGCCGGCACCAAAGCGACGCAAGGGAGGUAAAGCUGCUGCGACUCAGCCAUCGGCUUCUGACCCACAUGGCAUUUACGAGAGCACGCCUCCACCAACAAAGGCCCCCAAGGCAGGUGGUCGACGUAAGAAGGUUGUUGCGAAGCCUUCUAACAUCAUCGUCCUCCCUGUCAAUCCGGUUCUGCCUAGCGAUACUAAGAAAGAUGCCGAGAGUAUGCCUGCACCUCCAAAGAUCCGUAUCAAAACCGGGAAGAGCAAGGCGCUCAAGCAAUCAUCCACGGAGUCAGAGUAUGUCAGCGGUGAUGGCGAAGAGACCAGCCGAAAGACCCGCAAGGCUCGCCCUAUCACCAGACGCAAGAAUGGCAAGCGAACUAUCGCUGAAGUAGACAGUGAUGAUGAGACUAGCGAACCAGCUCCCAAGAAGAGAGUAGGACGCAAGACUAAGACCAAUGUGGCCACAGAGCCAGAAACUGAUAUUAAUGAGCUUACAACCGAUGGGGAGGUUGCAUUGGCUGUCAAGAGAACCCCGGGUCGUCAAGCAAAGGCUAAGGCUAGCAAGCAAGCCGAGGAUGGUGAUGAUGAAGGCGAUGACCCGGCACCACCUAAGAAGAGAGUAGGACGAAAGGCUAAGGCUGCUCCCAUCCAAGAGCCAGACUAUGAGAUGGAGGAUGAUGAGACUGAGGCAGAGGGAGUUGCCAAGGCAGGUUCGCGUCGACCAUCAAAGGCCAAGGCUGGGAAGAAGGGUAAGAGCGUCGAUGAUGGAAAGCUCAGUGAAACUGAAUUAAAUGCAAAGGAGCAAAAGCGAUUGAAGCUCUCCAUUGCAACCAAGCUACGAUGGGCUUCUGGCAAGAUGGUUGGUCCAAUGCAAAAGCGUCAAGCUACCAACGAAGCCAAGAAGGCUGCGCGACUGGCUGCCAAGAACGGUACUCAAGAUAGUGCUGCACCCAUCCAACCCGCCACCAUCGCAGGACUCAGCACCACUAUUGCAUCAGCUCCUCCUCCAGCUACCGCAUCCGCAUCAAAACCCGCCCCUGCUCCGCUCACCAUCUCGGCAUCCUCUUCUGCUACUAGACAAAGUGGCCGUAAGCGCAAGCCUACCAGCCGUGCUAUGAUGGGUCUUGACGGUGCAGACGAUUCGGACGACGAGGAUGAUGAUGAUGAUCGGCCCGAAUUCAGAUCAGAGUACGAUACCUUCCAAGCUUUGAGCUCCCCUGGUACUCCAGCUCUGGGAAAGCGUAAACCCUCCUACUUUGUUCCUCCUUCUGCCCUAGUCGACACCUCCGGCGACGACGGCGAUGAUUCUUACUAG